AUCGCAGGCGUGCGCGAGCUCCGCGCAGGCGUACAGAGGUCCAGACGCUCGGAGCCCCUCCGAGCCCACUCCGCAGCGGUUCUGUGUGGCAGCGGCUCCUCAACAGCUGUAGUCGCCCCCCCUAGUUGAGCCGUGAGCCGACCGAACCAGGGACUCCGCCGCCGCCUCCCUCCCUCCCUCGGCCGGUUUCGGAGUUUUCCCUGCGGUGAGCGGAAACCUGCAGGAAAAAGUCACGUUUGUUGAAAUGAGAGACACACCUAAGUCAAGCUGUUGUUGUGCGAGUCAAAAACUUUCCAGUUGGCUAACUUUUACGCCUUUGUGUGUGUUUUUAAAAGCUAGCUUAAACUUUGAAAAAGAUAUUUGGCGAAAAAUGCGGGUUUUCUUCCAACUGUAGCCUCCGAUUCUUCAGUGAGUGACGUCAUAAAAAAACAAGAGAAAUCACGUACAUGCAAAUAAAUAAAUAAAUAAAAGGUUCCUCUGAAACUCACUCAGUGCCAAACUCAGUGUCACACCAUCUAGAUGGAAAUCCACUUUUGUUGUGUUUUAUUAUUGAAAGGAUAGGAUUAAGUUAACUAAAAUUGCAUCAUAUGAACUGGAUUAAAAGCUGUAGGAAAGUUUUUCUGUUUCCCCCCGUCAGGCCUUUAAGGCUCCUCUGCUGGGUUCCAGCGUGUGUGUGAGAGUCUGACACUUUAAUGUGAAGUUUAAUAUGCUCCAACAAGCUGAGACCCAUUCUCCUCCUGCGCGAGCCAGGAUCUGCAGCCUUCUGCAGACGUCUGCGUUGCUGCUGUCCACUCCUGCACUGUGCAGACAGACUGCAGUCCCAGCAGCUCCUCUGGAGAGUCAGGGAGGAGUCAAGGCCAACAUCUGCUGUGUUGGAGUGUCUCAGAAGAAGCUCUCUUUAAACAAGCCUAAUCUAAUCAGUUUCUUCAGAAUUUCCUGUGUUAUUGUUCAAAGUGACGCGGCUCUGGCUGCUGUCUGCUUCAGGUAAGACUCUUUAACUACUCAUAAGUACCUCACACAACCCCACUUCAAAGAAACCUGAGGAUCCCUUUAAUUUCACUGACUGAUGCUGUAAAGAGCAGCUUUAAACUGGGUCCUGAAGACCUUAAGGUAAUUGCAGAGGAGCACUCGUACACUAAGUUGUGAUAUUUUCAGGUUCUUCAGUCAGUCGUCUCUCUGUAGUUAACAACUACGUCAUUUAGAAAUGUUGUCCUAAAAUAAUUUCAUUUAUUUCAGGUGUUGCAAGUCCGCUGAGUAACCCAUGACCACGAGCUGACCAACAAUGAGAGGCCUGAGACCACCUCAGCAGAGCUGAUCUGAGGCUGAUGGACUGACGAGAAGGAAUCUCCGCCAGCAUCCUCGCACAGGACCAGAGAUAAACUUGUGGUUGACUGACGCAAUUCCUCCCCGUCAGCUGACGCCAUGCGGACGCCGGGGCCGCUGUGGCUGGGCCUGGCACUCGUUUGGGUCGGAAGCUGCCGCGCUCACAGCUUCUUCACCUGUGAGCCCAUCAAAGUGCACCGGUGCAUGGGGAUGCCCUACAACAUGACUUUCUUUCCCAACAUGAUGGAGCACUAUGAUCAGGAGAUUGCAGCCAGUAAAAUGGAGCCAUUUAUGCCCCUCGCAAACCUGCGCUGUUCCCCGGACGUCCACCAUUUCCUGUGCCAAGCCUUUAUCCCAGCGUGCACAGAGGACAAUAGGGUGAUCCGGCCAUGUAGGGAGAAGUGUCGGGCCGUUCUCUCUGACUGCCGGGAGAAUAUUCGAAUCUUUGAUGUCACCUGGCCUCCUGAACUUCAGUGUGACAAACUGGACCCAUGCGUGGUGGACGGUUCUGUGCCUCCUACAACUGCUCAACAGACCCCCUCAUCUCCUAAGAGAGAUCUUGGGUUUUGGUGCCCCCUGCAGCUAAAGACCAAAGCGGGCCAAGGCUCGUCCUUCCUGGGUACCCAGGACUGUGCUCCACCGUGCUCCAACAUGUUCUUUAAACCACACGACAUUGAAUUUGCCAAGAGCUUCAUCGGCGUGUGCUCCAUUAUCUGCCUCUGUGCCACACUCUUCACUUUUCUUACUUUCCUUAUUGACGUGAAACGCUUCCGAUACCCAGAACGGCCCAUAAUCUUCUACGCCGUGUGCUACAGCUUCGUUUCGCUCAUUUAUUUCAUUGGGUUCCUGCUGGGGGACAGCGCAGCCUGUGCUAAAGCUUCCCACCAUGCCGCUGUGGACACCGUGGUGCUGGGCUCUCAGAGCAAAGGCUGCACUCUGCUCUUUAUGCUGCUGUACUUCUUUACCAUGGCGGGUAUGGUGUGGUGGGUCAUUCUCACCAUCACCUGGUUUCUGGCUGCUGGACCCAAGUGGAGUUGUGAGGCCAUUGAGAAGAAAGCGGUGUGGUUCCAUUCUGCUGCCUGGGGCAUCCCAGGGGCGCUAACGGUCAUGCUUCUGGCUUUAAACAAGGUGGAAGGAGACAGCAUUAGUGGAGUUUGCUUUGUGGGUCUCUACGACCUGGACGCUCUCCGAUACUUCGUUCUGGCGCCGCUGUGUGUGGGCGUCAUUGUCGGCCUCAUCCUCAUUUUGGCAGGUAUUGUCUCCCUCAACCACGUUCGGCAGGUCAUCCAGCACGACGAGCGGAACCAAGAGAAGCUGAAGAAGUUCAUGAUCCGCAUCGGUGUGUUCAGCUGCCUGUACUUGCUCCCGCUGGUCACCCUGUUGGCCUGCUACACCUACGAACAGAGUCACCGCAGCAGCUGGGAGAACACCUGGAUCAAUGACCGCUGUCAGGAAUACAGCAUCCCCUGUUCCUACAAGACUGCAACCCCUGACCGGCCUGACCUUUCCCUGUUUCUGGUCAAAUAUUUGAUGACGCUGGUGGUGGGGAUAUCGGCGGUGUUUUGGGUCAGCAGCAAAAAGACUUGUUCUGAAUGGGCUUACUUCUUCAAUAGGACCCGCAAGAGGGACCCCAUCAGUGAGAGCCGGCGCGUUCUCCAGGAGUCCUGCGAGUUCUUCCUGAAGCACAACACCCGUGUCCAGCACAAGAAGAAGCACUACAAGUCCAGCUCCCAUAAGCUCAAAGUCAUCUCCAAGUCCAUGGGCACCAGCACUGGCGCCGCCCCCACCAAUGCUGGCACCACCAGCUCCUCGGGGAACCAUGAGACCCUCUUGGAAGGUUCUCUAUCUGACACCUUAGUCAGAGAGCAGAUGGAUCGGACCACAGCCGCUCGCAGCUCCAGGAGGGGGGAGAGGGAAGGAGGAGAGAGACGCAGUAAAGGGGGGAGCUCCAGCAGGAUCAGCAGCCACUCUGAGAGCGUGCACCGAGCUGCAGAUGGAAGGAUUACUCCCGGCAGUGAGCUGGCCGAGGUCAGGGGAGGUACUGGUGGACCAAAGCAGCAUCCAGCUUUAAACCUACUACCCUCCAGUGCUGUCCAAGACUCCGCCCACCAGCUUUGUGAGAAGACCAAGGACCCAAAGGACAUCUGACCUCCCGUGUUGAUCUCAUCUCUGUUUGUGUGCACACCUUAACGGGCUAAAAUAGCCUUCAGUGAAUCUUCAUGUCAGCAGAACAUUCCUGGAUGGUUUGGGUUGUGGUGUGUUGGAGCAGAACCUGCAUGAUCCAGCCCAGAGAUGCUGCUGGUUUAGAUUGUGGGACGCUUUUGUAAUCCAGCUUCACAGAGCAGUCUGUCUGCUUAAAGGCACAGUUUUUCCUGAAAGCACAUACUUAUGAUCAAAGCAUUGCUGCCCUUCCUAGACAGCACACGAAAUUUGCUAGAAAAAAAGGCAAUACUAUAGUAAACAUUCUUUUUGAUUGUAGCAAAAGAUUUAUACUGAUUUAGUCACUACACUGAGAGUUGUUAUACAUAAAGAUGUUCUAUUGGAGUAGAUGUCUUAAGGCUGUUUUGUAUCUGUACCACUGUUUUAUUCUUUUCAGGUUUGAUUUUAAACUUUAUUGUUCGAUUAUAAUCUUAUAAAAAUGGGCUUCAUUUUCUUGCUUCUUUGUUUUAAGUUUUUACUCAUUUUUUGUACAUUUUGUUCACUGGUGACUUAAAAAACUGUGAGGGUGUUUAGCUCCUUUCCUUGAAGUUUCCUGUCUGCCCCAGCCUUUCAGCUCCUUAAUUUGGAACACACCUUAUCCAGGUAAUCAGAGAAGAAGUGUUUGUGUUGGAGUUGCUCAUCUAACUUAUCUUAUGUCUAAAUGAACAACAGAUGUGGGAUUUCCCUAAAUAAUCUACUUGAGAUUCAGGUAGAAUGGGAGCAGAUCUACUGGAGUUUUACUCACCCAACAAAUAAAACAAACUGAGCAGUUUUUGCACUAUUUGACAUUUAAAGCACAAACCACUUAUAAAGUAGUCUUAAAGAUCAGUAAUCAUUGAAUGUUUGGGAGUUGUUGUUUUUUUUAACGCUUGGGUUGAUUUAUGUGGAACUUCUCUUGCUUUCAUUUGCUUUGCUCCAAAAUGAACAUAUUGUUGCCAAAAAGUUGUUGAUCUUCCAGGCUGGGAAUCUUUUGAGAUUCCAAAUCGUAAAAGAAAAGGGAUUUUUUUUUAUUGUGUACCAUUUUUAAUUUCUGUUACAUGUAAUAUGCUUUUGUUUAUGAUAUAUUUGAGAAUAGUCCAUCAAAUCUCUUUAGUAAGUAUUCUGAGCAGCUUUUACUGUGCUUUUUUAUAUACAGAUUUUGUACCAGUCCUGUUUGAUAAAUUGAAUUAAAACUGCUGUAUUUAUUGUU